AUUGUUCGUUUUUACGGAGAUUCCAAGAAGUCAACAUUUCGAGAUGGAAUCCACGACAUUCAGUCUUGCUCUUUUGGCACUUUUGGCAACGACUGCUCUCUCUGGGCCCAAAUCUCCGCCCGCCACCCCUUCACCAAUCACAGCCAAAGACAAAGCAAAGGUCGAUGACACAGUUAAUGCUGUAAAGGAUGUCCCAUCUUCGUGCUGCUCAAGUAUUGUAUCGUUUUCUGACAUGGCGAAAGGUGUGGACGGUGCUAAAACCAAACAGCAGAAAUGCAA